CUGUAUCUGAUUUUCAUUCAUCUGUUCCUGAAUGGUGUUUAUAAUCGCGCUUGCGCUUAAAUAUUUAAUCUGCUUCUUUAGCAAGCUUGUCUAUAAAAUUAUACAAAUAGACAUAACAUUUUAUUACCUAGAAUAUUUAAUUGUAAUUAAAAGACUGAAGACAUGCCUGUUAGAAGAGCCGUUCAUGCCGGAAGUUGGUAUACCGAUUCAGGAGUUGAAUUGUCCAGACAACUUGAGUACUGGUUAAACCAAGCUGACCUUAUUCAUGGCCCAGCACGGGCUAUCAUUGCCCCACAUGCAGGAUAUCAGUAUUGUGGGGCUUGUGGCGGUCACGCUUAUAGACAAAUAAGUCCUGUAGUUGUACGUAGAGUUUUUAUAUUAGGACCCUCGCAUCAUGUACGUUUGUCAGGUUGUGCCUUGUCUAGUGCACACAAAUAUAAAACUCCUCUUUAUGACUUACACAUAGACACAACAGUUAAUAAUGAAUUGGAAAAGACUGCCCAGUUUGAAUGGAUGGACCUAGAUACUGAUGAGAACGAGCACAGCAUAGAGAUGCAUUUACCUUAUAUAGCAAAGGUCAUGGAAAACUUUAAAAAUCAGUUUACAAUUGUUCCUAUCCUUGUUGGUUCUUUGAGUCCAGAAAGAGAAGCAUAUUAUGGACGAAUUCUUGCACCGUAUCUGGCUGAUCCUAAAAAUCUCUUCAUUAUCUCAUCCGAUUUUUGUCAUUGGGGUAAUAGAUUUAGAUAUACAUAUUAUGACAGGACUUAUGGAAACAUUUAUCAGUCAAUUGAGGGAUUAGAUCGUGUGGGAAUGAAUAUCAUUGAAAAUUUAAACCCCACAGAGUUCACAAAUUACUUAAAAAAGUAUGGGAACACUAUAUGUGGUAGACAUCCAAUAGGAAUUUUGCUUCAGGUGUGUGGAGAUUUAAGUCGAUUAAUCUUUUUAUUUACUGUUGGGUUGUUUCAGGCAAUACAAGAGUUACUCAGGAACGAUAAUAGUCAAAAUGCUAGUCUAAAGUUUUUAAAAUAUGCUCAAUCCAGUCAAUGCCGCAACAUGAACGAUUCAUCCGUGAGCUACGCGUCAGCUGCAUUGGUGAUCGAUUAGUAUAAAAGGGGCCUUAAUUCAUUUAUUUUUAAUAGAUAUUUUUACGAAUUCAAUACUAGCUUAUGAUGUUAAUUUAAUUUCCUUAUUUUACAGAGAAGCAUUGAAUGGGGAUACGUUUUAUUUCUUGGUGUAUUUUUUAAAUAAGACGACCUUUUAUAUAUUCCUACAUAUAUUUCAGUGUCGCAUCCCCCACUAGAUUGGAAACUGUUUGCCUUAAUUUAUUUUUAAUAUAUGUAUAUGGCAAUUAAGUUGAUAUCGCUGUAUGAUCUUAAUUUUAUUCUUUUAUUUCUUGUAGUCGUUAAAGGGGGAUAGCCUUCGAAAUUAGACGUUUUUGUUUAAAUAAACGAAGUCGAUUUCAGUAUCCCGUCCCCCAGUAGGUUUGGAAAUGUUGGGUCUUAAUUUAUGUUUAAUAGGCUAGACUUAUUAAUUCAAUGCUAGACUGAUGUUAAAUUUAUUUUAUUGAUUUACAGUAUCAUUGACGGGGGAUAGCGUUUGAAAUUCCGUAUAUAUUUUUAAAAAACGCCUUUAAUAUAUAUAUUUCAGUGCCCCAUCCCCCGUUAGUUACAGAUACCGGGUGCGUCUCAAAAGUGGCUCACCCCUAUAAGUUUUUUAUUUUUUCAGAUAAAAAAACGAUGUUGUUCGUAUACGACAUAAAUCAGGAUUGAUUGAC